GAGUGUGACCAACUACCUGUGAAGCUGACGUAACGCGCCCGCAAAAAUUUGGAUUACCUUGAAAGCAUGGCGGAGGAUACUAGCUCAGUUUCCAAGGGCUGCUUUCUGAUCAAGAAAUCAUCGGCUCGCACUCCAAGAAAGCGUCAUGCAGAGGACAUAUUUCCAGAUGUCGCUGGAGAAAAUACAGCCCAUCGCAAGCAGAGAUGUGAAAACUAUAAAAAGUGUUGGGAAUCUAUUAAAUAUGAAAUUGAGGUUCUGCAGUCACAGAUGAACAGUAAAAUAUUUUCUGACCUCCUGGAAUUUUUUAAGAGGAAACAGAGUGUAAAAUCAUCAGAAAUUGGAAGGACCAGUGUCAUACAAGAAAUACCUACAGCUGCUUUGAUAACUGGUGUAAAUAUGCCAGACCACGAUGUAGUAUUCUCUCAGUUAGCCACUGAAUUAAACAGCCAUGUGACUCCAUUUGUUGCUUUACUGAGGUCCAAAGACUGCACAGUUAUGAAAGCAACAAUGAAGAAUGUGAUAUCACAGUUCAUUGGUUGUGAUGUACAUGAUGGGGAUGAUUUGUUUCCUUCAGAACAAGCCAAGAAAAUAAGCAGUUUUACAAUGCCUGUACUCUGCCAUUGGUACCAGAAAAUGAUCAAGUACAGCUAUCCAAAGAGAAGACAGAAUGACGCUGAUGGCUACAUUGGAAUAAAAGAUCAUAAGAAAGCCUGCGAUAAGUUUAAUUAG